AUGAUGCAACAGCUGCUUUGGAAGAAGAGAUCAGGCUGGGCACGCACAGAAGCUUUGAUUGCCGACAUUGCACGUGCCUCCACACCUGGUCCUGUCAAUGUGAUCCAAGAAAGGGCUUCAACUGUGAAUUUGGGCCAAAACAGCAGAGCUGAUGAUGGCCAAGCAGGCCGAGACAGCAGAGCUGAAGCUCGGCCAUCGUUGGAGGUCAGCAGAGCUGACUUUGAGUCACAGUCAGAGCGCGGAGAAGAGGAACAAAUCACAGAAGGGCCUUUAGAAGCCAUCCCUGUUCAUGAUCUUCCUGCUUUAGAGCCGUUGCCAGAGGCCACGGCCAGCGAGAGCUCCUGGGUCCUGAACACUCUGCAACUCAGCCGGCUGUCAGAGACGCGUCUUCAGGCUUCGGAAAAGUUGCACGCUGAGCCGCUCAAGUCUUUGCCCCAGUUGCCAGAGCCGAAGCAACAGAAGGCCUGCUUGGCUCUGGAAAAACGUCUUCGGCCUCUGCUGUUGGCGUCUUUGCCGCAGAGCAUAAAAGAGGAUUGUGUGACCGCUGGUCGCUUGGCGGUGGUUGACUUGCUGUUUGCUGUGCAUGUGGUUUUUUCUCCCGGGGGCAGUGAGGAUAAAGCAGCGGUUUUGCAUUUCAUACAUGCUCCGCCGCCUGCCCGCACUGCAACAGAAGCGGAAGCCACACUGCGACGGUGGCAAGCAAACGUGAAAAGGGCGUCGGAGCUCGGUCUCGUGCAACCCGACCCUUCCGUUUGUUAUCGCGCUUUGCGUUUGAUUGUGCAGCAUGUUGAAGCAUCUUGUGAGGAUUUCAAGUUCCGCUCACAGACUUUUCGUGUGAGUUCUGGGCUUGACCAUCAUGCUACGCAGGAAAAGGUGAGUGCUUAUGCUGUGUACUUGCAAGGUGAGGCUCGCACUUGUCGCUUGCUGAGGAUCAGGACAAAAGCAGCAACAGCAAUGCAGGCAAACAACAGCAUCACCCAGGAAACAGCCACGCAGCCGCGCAACAGAUGGAUGAGUUGGCUGCUCGAUCCGCUGGCGUGCAUAACCCGCGCCAAGACGGCAACAGGCAACCCGCGGCUGCCCGGCCCUGCAAGUUCUUUAGCAAAGCGUCUGGAUGCCGUAAAGGUGGUGCUUGUUCUUGGCAGCAUGCUUGGUUGGAUCCUUCGUCUGGUCGCUGUUUUCACUGUGGCUCGUCUGCUCACAAGGCGUCGGCGUGCGACCGUCCCACCCGCUCCGAUGGCUAAGGCUGCCCCCAAACCCUCCCCCAAGGCCCUUCCAGCACCCCAAAAAGGAAUUUCUGACGCGUCCUUGGCGGAUUUGGUUGCUAAACAGGUGCGUACCACAAUGCUUGAACUUGUUUCUGAGGCCCGACAGCGUCCUGCUUCCUCUGGUUCUGCUCCGUCUGCCCAACCUGAGCUGCGUGGUGCCCGAUUGGCGCAGGUGGUGUUGCCUGACACUCCAGGUGCGUUGGUUGACAGUGGUGCGUCGCACGUGGUGCGGCCGGCUGCCCCCGAGGAGGAUUGGCGCUUGUUGCGUGAAGUUGCUGUGAAAGUUGCUUUAGGGCCUGACCAGACGGCCUUCUUGGACGAGCAUGAAGAACUUGUUUCCCCGCAGGCCGGCGACACCGCCAUGUCGUUGGGUCGGUACAUUCAUGCCUUGGACCUUGCUUUCUAUUGGGACCGUGAUGUCGCUACUUUGACUGACAAGCAUACUGGUGAAGUAUUUUCGUUGUCGCAGCAGAACUUUUCCCCUUUCUUGUCCAAGCCUGACUUUGAACGCCUUCGUCAAUCCGUGCGCUCCUCUGUCCAGUCAUCCCGUCCUGAUCCCAACUGUGCCCGCUUGUUCCUUGACUCCUUGUCGGUCUUUGAUUCCACUCAGUCUUUCUGCAUCGCCGAUGAUGACGAGUCUGAGGACCUAGGUGAUGAGCCUGAGCUUUUGGCCCGGUGUUUUGCUGCAGCAGUGAGGGAUGUUGAGGCCGAAGAGCACCGUCGGUGUGGCCACCAUCCAUCCCAGCCUGAGUGUGAAAUCUGUCGCUUAGCUGACUCCAGAGGUAGAAUACAUCGCCAUGUCCCAGAUGAUGAAAAGUCACGUGGCGUUUUGGCCUUGGAUUUAACCGGGCCCCACGCGGCAGCAGAGGGUGGUUGGCGUUGGGCUUUGGUGGCAGUUUUUCGCCCUUUGGAAAAAAAAGGCAACCCGUUGCCUUACGUCCGUUGGCUUUUAACCAAGACCCAAACAGAGGUCACUGAAGCUGUGGCGAGUGUGGUCGCGCAAAUUCAGGCGGAGUACGAAGGCAAGGUUGUGUUCAGGUUGCAUAGUGAUAGAGGCAAAGAAUUUGUCAACAAAACUUUGCACCAGUAUACGCUCCAGCAAGGCUUGUGGUGCACAACCACCGAGGGAAGUGACCCUAGAGCCAAUGGACUUGCUGAAAGGUAUGUUGGCAUUUUGAAAGAGAAGGCUCGUGCCAUGUUGCUUGACAGCAGGUUGGAUGUAAAGUUCUGGCCAUGGGCUAUGUUGCAUGCUUCAUACCUUCUCCGUAAGCACGCCAAAGGUGAAGAAGUGCCGAAGGACGUGCCUUGCUUUGGAGCUCAGGUGGUGGUGCGGCAAAGGCAAAGGGAUAGUAAUGACUUCAUGCCCAGAGGGCUCUCGGCUCGCUACUUGGGUGUUUGUGAACGAAUUGUAGGUGGCAGCUUUGUGUUGUAUCAAUCUGGCUCGGUUGGGACCACUGCUUGCGCUAGACCUGUCCUUUCCCCUGGUGCUACCCAAACCCCCAACCCCACACACAGACUUCGGCAGAAAGUUUCUUGGGCUGAUUUGGUUGAGGAGGAGCAGGGGGAGCAGGGCACACAACUUGGGACACAACCCCAGCCGGACUUGUCAAGUGAACCGCCUUGGCAAGCAGUGCCCCGCAGAAGGCGUUUGCGUGGAAAGCAAAAGGCGCCACCAACAUGGGAAACACUGCCCCUCUCGUCGGCUUUUCUGGCUCUCGUAGAAGAUGUUGGCGAGCGUGGUGGUGAUGAAGUUUCCGCGCCUGCGGUUUUGCAAGCUGCUGCUGCCAUGGAUCCUGACAGUGUUGCUGUUGAUGUCCCGGCCAAGACCGUUCUUGCGAGUGUUGGUGAGGAAAAGGCGAAGUGGUGGCAAGCCGGGGAAACAGAGUUGCAUGGCCUCCAAAGCCAUAUGACUUACGUUCCCAUAGACGCACAGCACAUGCGCCGCUUGAAGGCUGAGGGUGCUGAAGUGCUACCAGCCAAGGCCGUUUGGACUUUGAAGCACAAGCUGCGAGUUGCGGUUUGUGGCAACUUUAGUGAAAUUUGGGAUGCGGUCUAUUGCAAUACCUUAGACGCUGCCGGCCACAAGUGGGCAGUUGGCUCCCUUGGCAUAAAGUCUGCGUUUCUUAACGCCAUGUUGCCUCCCGAUCGUGUCGUUAUUGUCAUUCCACCUCGGGUGCUUGUAGACAUGGGCUUAAUUCCCGAGGGGCAGUACUGGCUUCUCUCUCGUGCCUUGUACGGUCUCCGGGAAUGCCCGCGCUUGUGGGCGCAAGAAAGAGACGCCCGGUUGAAAUGCUUGAAAGUUCCUUUGUCUGACAAAGAAGCAACGCUUGUCCAAAGUGUGACGGAUCCUUCCUUGUGGACCGUUACCUGUGACGGACAGGUGCUUGCCAAGUUGUGUACAUACGUUGAUGACAUGCUUGCAACUGGCCCAUCGCAUGUUGUUCAUGCUGUGUUGAAUGCCGUCGGGGGGCUCUGGCAAUCCUCAGAGCCAACCGUCUUGGAGGCACACGAUCAGGGUCGGACCUUGCGCUUUUGCGGUGUGGACGUGGAACGUCUGGCUGAUGGCGGUCUGCGCUUGCAUCAGAAGCGAUAUGUGCAAGACUUGUUGGUGAAAUGGGGCUUAGGUGAGGCAAAGCACGCUACCACCACUGGGGAUCCUGAGUCGUUUGCUUCGAACACGCCGGCUGAGUCGCAGAGUGUCAGCAAGGAUCAGGUGCAAGCAGCACAGCAAGUGGCAGGUGCUUUGAAUUGGUUGGCCACGCGUACAAGACCAGACAUAGCAUAUGGUGUCAACAGGUGCUCAUCUUGCAUGACUUCUGAUCCAGAACGGUGCAUCAGCAUGGCAAAACGGUUGUUGCGGUAUCUCAAGGGCACGCUUGACUAUGGUUUGAUCAUGCGGCCAUUCAAAGAUCCUACGGCAAAGGUUUCUCUGCAGGCCUUUUGUGAUGCCUCUUGGGCGCCCGCUGGAGACUACUCCCAGUACGGCGUCGUCCUCAUGUGGGACGGUGUGCCGCUGAGCUGGCGGUCAAGCCGAGAAACGUUGGUAGCACUCAACACAGCGGAAGCUGAACUCUAUGCUGCGGCUGCGGGUCUCCCUUUAGCGUUGAGCAUGAGUGAUACUUUGGCUUCCAUGGGUGUCGCUUGCGAUUUGGCGCUGAUGAUUGACAACCAGGCUGCUUUGCGCAUUGCCACUGAGCGCACCACUUGGCGAACUCGCCAUUUUCAGCUCAGGGCAGCGGCCAUUCGUGACUAUGCUUCCAGAGGCUGGAUCACAUUGCAAUAUGUGGCGAGCAAAGACCAGACCGCUGACGUGCUAACGAAGCAUUUGGCGGCCCCUCUUUUGUCACAUGCGCAGUUGUUGUUGGGUUUGAAAUGA